AUGAUGCUCGAAUUUCUGUUGGUGGCAAUAACCCAAGGAAUAAUCACAAAGACCUAUGGAGAAGUAGCUGAUUUUUCGUACACAACAUCAGGAUUUGUAUGUUAAAAUGGGUACUCAACAUCCAAAACAAUAACCUUUUCGGGUUCCUUUGCAAAUGUUCCGAAAAUAAUUUUUGUGCCAACGAUAUUUGACUUCGCAUCCUUCAGCUCAAGUCAGUUUACAGUAAAAUUAGAGAUUCUAAGUGUCAGUUUAACAAAUUUUUAAAUAAAAAUUACAUGCCCAACCAAAAAAGUUAAUACUUAUAAAUUGAGUUGGUUUGCGAUAGAUGAUAAUCGUUUAGAAGUGAUCAAUGAGGCUAUCAACGAUAUAAAUAUCAAUCCUGUCGCAUCUAAAUAAUACUCAAUUUAAAAUCCUAAUAUUAAAAAAGCAAUAGCGUCCAUUCACUCUUAUGGAAUCAAUGGGGCACUUGAUAUAACUCUGAGUAUUUCAGAAUUAACAACAACACAGGUUACAGUGAACAUUGCUAAAAACAGUAAUUUACUCUAUCUUGGUUAUCAGGUAAUAUUAGGAACUGAUGAAGUUAUCAGUUAUAUUGAUGAAAUUGCAUCAUCAAAUUCAUACACAAGUCAAGUUUACAACUUAAUCUCAGAUAACUAUUUUGUGGUUUCAUUUACAAAAUUGACAAACUCUGGCACUAAUGCUUUCAGAUUAUAGUACUUCAUUACUAAAACUAGUACUACAAUAUAUUAUGACUGCUCGACAUGGGGCGGUGCUUAUCCAUCAAAUAUUAUGAAAGUAUUUUGGUUGCAAACAACUCUAAAUUAAGAGUUUUUGGCUAUGGAAUGUUUGACUGUGAGAGUUAGCAAGCUAUUUGACAGAUAUGUAGAUUUAAAACCAGCGUUUUAGUUGGAAAUUUUAGAGAUCAAUAAAGUACUUAAUACUGUUGGUUCAGAAUCUAUAGUUCUUAAUGAAUCAAUCUAAUUAGUAACUAUCCAUGUUUUUUAUAAAUGUCCAUCAAACAAUAAAAAGGUUCAUAGUUAGUUGAAUAAAUGUAAUAGCUGCACUGGAACCAAUCAGAUCCAUAACUUAAACCAUUAUUGUCAUGGAUCAGUCAAUUCAAUCAAUAUCUAUGCUAAAUACUAAGCUUAAGCCAAUUAUAAAGAGCUGACCUUAACUAGAGCUAGCAAUGGCGUAACUAUUGCUUAAACCUUAAGAAAUAGAAGUACCUCCUAAAAAAAUAUAUUAAAAGUAGACUUUUUAGAUAUUUGA